AUGAUGGUUGCCAUAAAAGCUCUUUACGAUAACUCUAUCGCAAAAAACAACGAGCAGGGUGCUGACAGAGCGGUGGAAUUCUUCAAACAUUUCAUUGAAAGUGGAAACAUGGUUGUGGAGCAUUUGAAACUUGUGCCAGACAUUGUUUUCCCGCUUGCCAGGAAUGCCGUUAACUAUUGCCUGAAGAAAAAGAAUGAACCUCAAAUAGGGCUUGAUCUUGCUCUGUCAGCAAUGCGAGUGUUGGUGGAUCCCAACGAAGGCAUUGUGUCCUCUCUCCAUUCGGCGUUGUUUGCUGUAUGUGUUCGGUUGAACAACGUUGACGCAGCCUUGCCGUACAUAUACAGGAACGUCACCGCCUUAGUGAAUGAGAGUCCUGUUAGCACGUCUGACUCCACAACAGAAAACGUGCAACAUGUUCGUAAACAACGAGCAGUUUCUGCACCAGCGCCGGUCUAUUUUGAGUCAAAAUACAUGCUCUUAUAUCUCUACUAUGGUGCUAUUCUUUUGAUGAGAAGAAAUGAACUGCGUCGUGCUAUAUCUUUAUUGGAAAGUGCAAUAUUGAUCCCUGGUUCAGCGACAACUGUGGCACAGCUUGAUGCGUUGAAGAAGUUCUAUCUUGCGAGCUUAUUAUAUUCUGGCAAAAUUAUCAUGCCAGCUGGUCGCUCGUCAGCAUUGACUCGUGCUUGGAAAUUAGCAGGGGAUCCAUAUGCUGCUCUUGCAACCGCUGUUCAAUCUGCUGGUGAUCGAGCAAGUGCUGUUGAAAAGGUGCUCAAUGACAACAGAAAAGUAUUUACAGAGGAUGGGGCGGUAGGACUUAUCACACGAAUAGUGAAGGAACUUAGAGAAAAGGCAGUCCUUUCUGUAGCAAAGUCUUUUUCGUCUAUACCACUCUCUGAUUUGGCCGCUCGAGCAUAUCUUGACACCGACACAGCAGUCGAGAUCAUGGAAACACUCUUCAAGCGUGGAAAGCUAUUAGCAGAGGUUUCCAUAAGUGAGGGUAUUGUUCGACUUGAAAUCGUUCCAGAGAAAAUAAACAACUACGAUGUCGUUUCUAAACUAGAAAGGUGA